AUCUUUUUUUUUUGAGGACUUAAAUCUUUUAUUAAACGCCAUUUUUUUAAACAAUUUUCAUGGAUUACCAACAUAGGCCUGGUGCAAAAACUGGUUCUGGUGGAGUGGCAUCUUGGUCAGAAACUAAUAAAGAUAGAAGAGAAAGGUUAAGGCAAUUAGCUCUUGAAACUAUUGAUCUCUCUAAAGAUCCUUAUUUUAUGAAAAAUCAUUUGGGGACAUAUGAAUGCAAAUUAUGUUUGACGUUACAUAACAAUGAAGGCAGUUAUUUGGCUCAUACACAAGGCAAAAAGCAUCAAUCUAAUCUAGCUAGGCGAGCUGCUAAAGAAGCUAAAGAUUCUUCAUCAUUACAACAAAUGCAACCUAAUAUUAUUUUAUCUGAUCAAAAAUCUUUGGCAAGUAGUAAUGCUAAGAAAAAAUUUGUUAAAAUUGGAAGACCAGGUUAUAAGGUUACUAAACAAAGAGACCCUGAUACGGGACAAUGUAGCUUGUUGUUUCAAAUUGAUUAUCCUGAAAUAGCUGAAAAUGUAGCCCCUCGACACCGAUUCAUGUCUGCUUAUGAACAAAGAGUUGAACCUCCUGAUAAAAAAUGGCAAUACUUAUUAUUUGCUGCUGAGCCUUAUGAAACAGUAUCAUUUAAAGUUCCUAGUAGAGAGGUUGAUAAACCUUCAGUCACUGGAAGCAACAACAAUCUUAAUUUUGGAGCUGGACUUAUGGAUUUUAAAGGUGGAAGAGGAAGUGGUGCCAGUUUUGUAAAUUUUAGUGACAGAAAAUUUUGGUAUUUGUGGAAUGCACAAGCUAAACAAUUCUAUUUGCAAUUUGCUUUCAAAAUGAGUGAAUCGUUAUCAAAAAUGAACCAAUCUUCUCAACCCAACACACAAGUCCAUAGUCAUUCACAAAAUGAAUCUUCCACUAUGAUUCCGUUAUCUCACACAUUAAAUGAAAUAGCACCCCCUCCGCCCCCACCACCUGGAAUUGGAUUAGGAUCUAUUAAUUUAGAGGCUCCCACUAUACCAGGCACCAUGAUUAAACAUGCUCCUCCACCUCCACCUGGAUUGCCGCCUAUACCAUAAUCUUCAAUGUUAAAAUUUUAUAUAUAAGUAAUAUAUACAUUAACAAUUGAAUUAUAAAACUCUUAAAAGUAAUCUUAUUUUAUGGAUUAUGACUAUUUGUUUUUGGGAAACAUGCUAUUUUCUUUACUACAUUGAUUUUUGAGUAAUAAAUACAUUAUACUAAUAAACGAUUGAAUUAUAAAACC